GAGAGGGAGAGAGGGAGCGAUGGGUGUUUUUUCCGCGGAGCCGAGAAAGAGCGAGAGCUGCGGAGACGGAGGGAUGUGAGUGCUCCGGGAGUCGUGGUGGAAUGAUCCGGAAAACAAGGUUUCCACAAAUCCCCUCGUCCAGCUGACCGCCAAACCUCCUUCAAUAGACUUCCCUCCCAAGGUCACAAAACCGACUAAUUCAGCGCGGGAGAACAAACAUGGAUCACAGCGAGCAGACUGAAAAUCACUCCGGGGAGUAGGGGGAAGAAAGAGGGCUGAGGGAAGACAGUGAAUACAUAAAAGAAUAAUGAAAUGGGAGAGAAAGUCAGCAAGCCUGAUGUCUGAAUAAGAGCCGAGUUAGUAGAGGCACAAAAAAACAAAAGCCAGAAGAGGAGUGAAGGAAGGGUAGUGGGGGAGGACGAGGCGGGAGACCGGUGCAUCGACUGGCUGCUUGAGAGACAGAAUAGUCCAACAAAGCCGUGAUGAAAUCGUACGAAGACGCCACAAAUCGGAUUUUAAGCACAGUGGAUUCUUGGAUCUUUUUUCCCCAGUUUCGGAUAUACCAGGCCGGGAUUGAGCGAGUAAUUCAGGAUUUCGCAGGUUCCCUUGAUCAAUAAAAGCCUAAGAGGAUAUUGUGGGGAUUGGAAUUUUCUUCAACUCUUCGGUUGCCUCACGCUGACCUACAUCCGCCUCCUUUUGAUGUGAGCAGGACGGCGUGAGUGCGGAGGGAAGUGAGGACAGGUCCCAGCAUUAAAGCACAACCAGCCUGGCCCCGCGCUGGCCUGACAUAAGCAGAAGCACCUGGGGCGAGAUCUGUGCUAAACUCUGACACACACACUCACACACACACUUAAACCUGGAUAACAUGUGGAGCUGAUUCGGAUUAUAGAGGCGCACAGACGGAAAAGGUCUGUGGAUAGCUAGGCGUUCUACCAUGCCUGUCCCCCCACCCCUCAAUCCCUGCAGACAAACACACCUGCCCCGCACGCAUCUCCACCCCCAACAGGGAGCGGAGGGCUCCACCUUUUCCUCCCUCUCCCUCCCGUCCAUCCUCUCCUUCUCUCUUCUUCCCCCUCUUCUCAUCUCGUCUUUCUCCCCCUCAUCCCAUCUCCUCCACUGUGCCUGCCCGAGGGCCACGAAGAGGACCCUCCCCGAGUCCGUCACCUUCCCGGUCUUUCACUGGCUGACGCUGGUCACAUGCUGCCUGCUGCCCUCUCUGGUUGGAGCGGGGGAGACGUGGGGCGUGGUCUCGGCCUGCCCCUUCCACUGCGUGUGCCGAAACCUCUCCGAGUCCCUCAGCACGCUCUGCGCCGACAAGGGCCUCCUUUUCGUCCCGCCACACGUCGACCGGCGCACGGUGGAGCUGCGACUGGCCGACAACUUCAUCACCGAAGUGGGCGGAAUUGACUUUGUUAACAUGAGCGGACUGGUCGACUUGACUCUGUCGAGAAACACCAUCCACCAAAUUCGACCAAUGGCCUUCGCCGACCUGGAGAGUUUGCGCUCUCUGCAUCUCGAUGGAAACCGACUGACAGCACUUGGACCCAGGGACCUUACCGGUUUGGUCAACCUCCAACACCUAAUCAUCAACAACAACCAGCUGAUCAAAGUGUCCACCCAGGCUUUUGAUGACUUCCUGCUCACACUGGAGGACCUGGACAUGUCCUACAACAACCUCAGAAGGGUACCAUGGGAAUCCAUUCAGAACAUGGCCAGUCUGCACACGCUGAACCUGGACCACAACCUAAUAGACCACAUAGCAGAAGGAUGCUUUGGAGAGCUUUAUAAGCUGGCGCGGCUGGAUAUGACUUCUAACAGGCUCCGAACACUGCCCCCUGAUCCACUCUUUGCAAGGUCUCAGACGGGUGCAAUUAGUCCCACGCCCUACAACGCUGUCAUCAGCCUGAACUUUGGAGGAAACCCACUCCACUGCAACUGUGAGCUGUUAUGGUUAAGGAGGCUUAUCCGAGGUGACGAUAUGGAGACGUGUGCCACUCCUCCACACCUGGCUGGAAGGUAUUUCUGGUCGAUUCCAGAGGAGGAGUUUACCUGUGAGCCCCCUCUCAUCACCCGUCACACCCACAAGCUGUGGGUGUUGGAGGGCCAACGAGCCACACUAAAAUGCCGUGCCAUCGGAGACCCCGAGCCAAUAAUCCACUGGGUUUCUCCAGAUGAUCGCAUCGUUGCAAACACGUCACGAAUCAGUUCCUUCAGUAAUGGGACCUUGGAUAUCUUGGUAACGGUCGCCAGGGAUGAUGGGGCGUAUACAUGUAUUGCAAUAAAUGCAGCAGGUGAAGCAACCGCCACGGUAGACCUGAAAAUAAUCCCACUGCCUCACCGGGGUGGGGUCAGUGGAAACGCUGGGGGAAACAGCGUCAACACCAAGAACAGCAGCAGUGUGACAAAUGGGAUUUUACGGACCGAUCCUGGUUCAUCGGAUAUCAGCACAGGAAAAAACGGAGGGAUUAACAAUGGUGCAGGACGCGGAGGAGAGAUGGAGGACGGGAAAAGAGGAGAUGGAGAUGUCAAUCAAAGUGACGGCGGGAAAGUCUCGGAUGGAGAGAGGGCUGAUGGAGGGAGCAUGGAGGAUGACGAAGGGGAUGAGGAGCAAGGCAAAAGGGUUGGAGUACAGGGAGUGACAUCCACCUCGGCUCAAGUUCGAUGGGAUUUGGGACGUUUGUCUGCAGCUUACGUGGUCUGGAUGUAUCAGAUACAGUACAACUGCACGGCUGACGAGACCCUCAUCUACAGAAUCCUGCCGUCAUCCAGCGACCGUUUCCUGUUGAAGAACUUGGUUUCUGGGGUGGACUACAACCUGUGCGUGCUGGCCAUUUUUGACGACACGAUCACAUCGUUAGCGGCAACCAAGGUCGUGGGCUGCACGACCUUCUCCACCAAGGAUGUUUACCCAGCAUGCCGUUCUCUCCAAGCCCAUUUUCUCGGCGGAACCCUCACCAUACUCGUCGGCGGUAUUGUUGUGGUCACCCUGCUUGUGUUCACGGUGGCACUUAUGGUUCGCCAUCGUGUUUGCAAUCAUGGCAACCACAUCAUAUGUCAUAAUGGUAACACCGAGGCAGGAGGCGGGGCCUGUUGCCAGGGCGGAGGAGUAGGUGGUGGAGACAAGGGGGAAAACGGCCGGGGCUGCUACCAGUCAAACGGAUCCGGGGACGUGAUGAUGGUGGUCCUGCCCAAUGGUGUGUCAUCCAAGAAAGGGAAAGAAAAGGAUAUGGAUAACGAGAAGGAUGCCGCUGAUUCUGCUUUCUCUUUGCCCCCAAAGCUGCCUCCGAAGCCCAGGCCGAAGCCCAAAGUCAACCUGGAGCAGUUUCUGUCAGCUGGAGGGGUGGUUUCCACGACGACGGGGGCAGAAAACGAAAUGGCAUUAGUGGUAAGGCAGCGAAAGCUGGAGAAGGCACUGCCGCACAACUUGGAAAGUGACAGAACUCCUCUCUAUUACUCCCCUUCCCCCCCAUCCACGCUGCCCCGCCAAGCACGUUCUCGGCCCCGUCCAAGUCCCCGUCUGGAGCGUGAACUGACAACUCGAGCCAGUUUCUCUCUGGCAGCACCGCUGAGGGACUCAGAGUUGUUGGACUGGACGAUAACGCCAACGCCCAGAGGUAGGGACAGAUGGAACUCCUCGCAGGCUUACCAGAGUCCUGUAACCGCUCUCAGCCCCGCCUGUGGCGCUGCUGGCAAACGGCGACACUCCCUGGAUAUGGGUUCCUCCGUGGCGCUAGCGACCGAUGCAGCGGCGACCGUGGCUAGGCGUUACGGGGCCGUGAGUUACGCCAAGCGGCUGAGUGUGAUCUGGACGAGGCGGAGUCAGUCGCUCCACGGGAUGCUGGUGCAGUGCGCGUCUACGACGAGCACGGCGUCCUCCGCAACCAGCGACGAGGGGGAAAGUGCCAGGGGCCUGGCGGCUCACGACUUCCCACGGGGAUACAUCCACGCUUAUAACACAACUAACUCAAACUCAAACCCCGGGAUUACAGUUGGGAAAACAAAAGACAGGAGUAGGGAAAAGGGGAAGGAAGUGAGGAGUAGUGAAAAUCUAGAGGAAAGUGUCGUAUAAUGGUUGUAGAGAAGAAUACAGACAAGAAUAAAGGGUUCUGUGGGAGGAAAGCUUAAAAGGGAUGUUGCUAAAUGUGAAAGUGAGGAAACAGAAAAACAAAGAUGAUGAAAUUUUAGGGAAUCCGAUGAGUUCAGAUGAAGGGAAGGACUAAUACGGAGUAGCAGUCCCAUGAUUUCCUCUGCAGGAACCACAGAUAAGUGAACAGGAGAGGAAAAUAUACAACUGAAAGACAACUUUACGAAGCUCUAUUCAGACUACAAGAUUAACUUGUUAAAGGGGGGAGGAUGUGACAAGAAAAUAGGAGGACUAGGAAACAUAACGGGAGAGUGUUUUUAGAUGUUUUCUAGACUGACACACAAGAUAGAAAAGUGGGUCAGGGAAAAUAAUCUGAGGAAAAACAAUCAGAGCAACAGAACUGAGGUUGUAAGAAGGAACAGGGUCAGAUGGAUCUCAGUGAAGCCUUUACACUAACAGAACUGGACUUUGGCUAACAACUAAGUUUCCCUGAGUCCCAACCCUCCCACACCACCAUGAUGACCGGAUCAAAGAAAAAAACAAAAAGACCACUGAUGACAAAAACAAAAAACGUGAAAAUCUGACGCUGGGAGGACACCGCUGUGAUCCCUUAUUUACGCUUUUCACUCCAACACUGACAUCCGUUUGCAAACCCGUUACAAAAAGCAAUGAAUGUGACUGGUGUGUCCUCCCCGUCCGGACGACGAUUUUGGUUGGCUGUGCCUGCAGGAUUAUGGGAAUAUAAAUACACACCUUGGUUCAUUGAACACGAUCAAUCGAUAAUGGCUGGAACAAAAACGAGCGGAGCACAGACAUUACUUAAGGAAAAAUAUUGGGAUUACGGUGGAAUCGAUAUGGAUUACAGAAAUGGAAGAGAAGCAUGCAUGAUGGACCCUCUGAGCGUGUGCAUUUCACAAAGACGGGCUCAGGCUGCAUGUCUGAUAGCGGACCAGACGAACAACGCUCAUGGCUGCAGACGUGUGCAUGCAUUGAUGGAGCAGGGGCCGGAUGUGUGCGUGUGCGUGUCCCCGUGUCUGUGUGUGCACACGUGUAUAUGAAUGUUUGUGAGGGGUAAUCCAGUCAAUCGGACUCCAUCAAUGUAUAAAAAAAAAUAAUGAUAUUUAGUGCUUUCUGGACAUGCUGUAUAAAGAAUUAAUCAGAAUAUUUAAGAACAGAGGUGGUCCACCAAAACAGAAAAAAAACAGUUAAUUUUUUUUAAGGCUUUUUCACCAUGGUCGGUAUAAAAUAUUUUCAGCAAUGUAGCAUGGUCAGACAGCACAAACGUAAAGGGGGAAAUCAAAGUCUCUCAUUCAUAUUUUUGUCACUUUACACUCCUUUACGCCACAUGGGUUAAAAUUAACUCCAAACCAUGAAUGUUUCCAGAGAAGAAGCAGCAGUAAGAAGUACGUCAGAAUCACUGCAGAAGCUGCUGACGAUACAAACUUAUCCUUGAAGAGUAAAAGGACAGAGACUCUUAAAAACUGCUAUCAAAGAUGAGAAUAAUAGAAAAAAAAAAAUCAAGUUUUAUAUAAGUAUAGUUACUUGUUGCACCAUGUGUUUCUGUUUUUCCUAAAGUUUCUGUGGAGCGUUAAGACCAGGAUGCGAAAUUUGAAAGUGUGAUUUCUUUUUGUUUUAGAUUUCAAUCUGUGUCUGCCACAUGAAAUGUCAAUAUCAAGGCAGAGAAGUACAAAUCCAACGACAGCGAAUAAGCACACUGCUCAAAACAAGCACAUGCAGUCCAACUCUCAGACUUUCAAACAGAUGCCUAUAAAACAGAGCAAAUUGCAUUUAUAAUGAUGACUUUAACCCAUUUAAAUUGUUUCCUCUGUUUUUAUUUCAUUUUGCCAAAGUGAAUAUUGUUCU